UUAAAACCAGAAGUGAUGCGAGAAUUCCAGUAAGAGUCUUGAAUGAACUGAAUACGCCAGUAACGCUUAAAAAGGGCGUAGUUAUUGGACAAUGUCAUGCCGUGGAAGCGGUGAUACUAUGCGAUGAGUCUCAAAACAAACCUGUCGCCAUUCACCAGCAAAUAAGUCCUGACCUUUUUUCGAGGUGUCUUGAAGAUGUUAAAGGGAAUGAUAAAAUGAAGGUCAAAAAGCUACUGCACAAAUACUCUUCGAUAUUUGCUACUGAAGAUAGCAAACCCGGAAGAACUGCCAUCGUGAAGCAUAGGAUAGAUACUGGCGGCGCGAAACCUAUUCGGCAAACUCCACGUAGGGCCCCGCUUGCUAAACGAGAAGAGGCUAAUCAAAUAAUAGAUAAAAUGCAGAAAAGUGGUGUAAUUAAACCGUCAACGAGCCCGUGGAGCUCUCCAGUUGUACUAGUAAAGAAAAAGGACGGAACCACACGAUUCUGCGUGGAUUAUCGGAAACUGAACGAUAUCACUAAAAAGGAUAGCUAUCCAUUGCCUAGAAUCGAUGACACUUUAGACACACUAUCUGGAGCGAAAUGGUUUUCCACGUUAGAUCUUCAAAGUGGUUAUUGGCAAGUCGAAAUUGAGGAGAAGGAUCGUGAGAGGACGGCGUUCAGCAUAGGCGAUGGGCUAUGGGAGUUCACAGUGAUGCCGUUUGGAUUAUGUAAUGCACCAGCAACGUUCGAGCGACUUAUGGAGCAAGUGUUAAAGGGACUUCAUUGGAAAACAUGCCUGGUGUAUCUCGACGAUAUUAUUAUCAUGGGAAAAAGUGUUGAUGACCACUUGAAAAAUUUGGAGGAAGUCUUUCAACGAAUCGCGGCAGCUGGAUUACGCUUGAAUCCCAGAAAAUGCUCUUUGAUGAAAACGCAAGUUACGUAUCUCGGACAUAAAGUGACGACGCAAGGCAUUCAUACCGAUGAGGAAAAGAUAAAUGCAGUGAAAGAUUGGCCUAGACCAACAAACAUACAUGAAUUGCGAAGUUUCCUUGGCCUAUGCACCUACUACCGUCGAUUUGUCCUAGGAUUCGCCAAUAUAGCAAGAAGUCUGCAUGAGCUUACUCAAAAGAAUAGAACAUUCAUGUGGCAAAACGAUCAAGAGAAAGCUUUUCAACAAUUGAAGCAAGCUCUUUGUACAGCACCAAUGCUAGCAUAUCCAGUACCAGGGCAGGAAUUUAUUUUAGACACCGAUGCGAGCGCUUACGGAAUUGGCGGUGUUCUUUCCCAGCUUAUCGAUGGUCAAGAAAAAGUGGUGGCAUAUUUUAGCAGGAUUCUUGGAAAGCCAGAAAGAAAUUAUUGUGUAACCCGAAAAGAGCUGCUGGCGGUAGUGGAAUGUGUAAAACACUUUCAUAAGUACUUGUAUGGUCAAAGAUUUCGUUUGAGAACAGACCACGCAGCGUUGAGAUGGUUAUUACAAUUUAAAAGCCCAGAAGGACAAAUCGCUCGAUGGAUAGAAAGGCUACAGAACUAUGAUUUCAAAAUAGAGCACCGGAAGGGUGUCCAACAUGGAAAUGCUGAUGCGUUAUCGCGACGACCUUGUCAGUUAGAGUGUAAACAUUGCAGUAAAAAUGAAUUAAAGGAAGGAAUCGUUGAUAUUCGUUUGACAAGUUUACAACCAGCAGAAGAUUGGAACCCAACCAAUAUAAGAAGCAGUCAACUAAAAGAUCCUGAUCUUACAAUGUUACUAAAGUCCAAAGAAGAGCGAUCACGGCCAACCAAGGAGCAGAUAUCCUCCGAAACCCCCACUGCAAAGAAGAGUUUCACGAUGGGCCAAGUGGAGGGCACCUUGGAAUCACAAAAACUUUCAAAAGGUCCUAAGGUAAAAAGCCGAGGUAAGCUGCAUCAAUAUAACGUUGGAGCACCAUUUGAACGAGUUGCCAUGGAUGUAGCGGGCCCAUUUCCAACCAGUGAUGCCGGGAACAAAUAUUUACUCGUUGUUAUGGAUUAUUUUAGUAAGUGGCCAGAAGUAUACGCUUUACCGAAUCAAGAGGCAAAAACAGUAGCAGAAGUGUUUGUACAAAACUGGGUAACAAGAUUCGGAGUCCCAAUAGAGUUGCACUCCGACCAAGGUAGAAACUUCGAAUCCACAAUAUUCCAAGAAAUUUGUACAAUGAUGGGCAUUAGAAAAACAAGGACAACGGCUCUGCAUCCACAGUCAGACGGCAUGGUAGAAAGAUUCAAUCGGACUCUAGAAGAACAUUUGCGAAAAGUUAUAAAUAAAUGCCAACGAAAUUGGGACAAGCACAUCCAAAUGUUUUUGAUGGCAUAUCGAUCGGCUAAGCAUGAGACAACGGGUCACACACCAGCGCGUGUGGUUUUUGGAUCUGAAUUGCGGCUUCCUUGCGACCUUAAGUUUGGAGCAACUAAUGCGGUUGAGCACAGUGAAGAAAACUACUGCGAUAUGAUGAAAAACGAAAUGAAUGAAUUACACCAACAAGUAAGACAACACAGCCAGCUGAUGAGUAAUAAGAUGAAAGAUCGAUUUGACCGAGCAGCAAAUUCUGAGGGAUUCGAAGAAGGCGAUUUGGUGUUGCUAUAUAACCCCCAACGUAAGAAAGGUUUAUCUACGAAAUUACAAACAUCUUGGGAAGGACCGUAUAUGAUUAUGAAACGGUUAAAUGACGUUGUGUACCGUAUCCAGCGUUAUGGAACGACUUGUUGCAAAAUGAAGGAAAAAACAGUUCAACUUUUGAAUGAUGAUAAACGCCAAAACGCUGGUGAAAACACAAAUGAGGAAAAUAAAGACUCCCUAACUCAAACUGAAGACGCGCAAAAACAACAAAAAGAUGUUUUAAUUGCAAUCGAAGAUCGUGAAAGAUUUUUAUUAGAUUUUGUAGAAAAAUUACGUCAACGCCGCUUGGCUAUUUUACAUGACCAGAUGGCUGGUUUGAAAUCAGCUUUGUCUGGCUUGGCUGAAACAUCUGAUAUGUUGCACAAAAUUUCAGAGAACUCAACUCGCAUGGAUCAUAUUGAAAUUGCUAUGAAAGUCACAAAUGGUCAAAGACAAUUAGAGCAAUUCGCAGCUAUUUAUAAAGACUUACAACCCAAACAAGAGGUGUUUGCAUUCGCUGCACCUGACUAUUCUAUUUUACAAGAUAUACGUAAUCAAGGUGCUAUAAUACUAGUAGACGAUAAGAAUAUGCCAAUGCCGACAAGCGGAAAUAUGGUUGGAGCUCCGCCAAAUGAUGUUGGUACUGUGCUUUCACUUCCAAAUAAUGGAAUGACUGCUGUAAUACCAACAAAUUCUAGACGCCCUCUAUUGCGUGAUAACUCUUUUCAUAAUCCAUCACCUAUAAUGCCACCGCGUACAAAUAGUUGUACUGUACCAAAUGCUGGUAUAGAAUGGGAGCUAAGUGUAAUGCGUAGUUCACCGGGAUUACAUUUUGGUGCACCACGUUCUACACAAGCAAUAGCUGGGAGUACAGAUCAUGUUAAAGCUCGUAAAUCAAAUGCACUUUCUUUAUCUUUUGCUACGGAAGGGCAUGAAGACGGUCAAGUAAGUCGUCCUUGGGGUCUUUGUGUUGACAAAAUGGGACAUAUUCUUAUAUCAGAUCGUCGCAAUAAUCGUGUACAAGUCUUCAAUCCAGAUGGUACAUUGAAAUUCAAAUUCGGUCGCAAAGGUGUUGGAAAUGGUGAAUUCGAUUUGCCUGCUGGCAUUUGUGUCGAUAUUGAUAAUCGUAUUAUUGUUGUUGACAAAGAUAAUCACCGUGUUCAAAUAUUUACUGCAAGUGGCGUAUUUCUCAUAAAAUUUGGCAGCUACGGUAAAGAGUAUGGCCAAUUCCAGUAUCCAUGGGACGUAGCUGUCAAUUCUAGACGUCAGAUAGUAGUUUCAGACUCUCGUAAUCAUCGUAUACAACAAUUCGAUUCAGAAGGCCGUUUCAUUCGUCAAAUUGUAUUUGAUAACCAUGGACAAAAUAAGGGUAUAGCAUCUCCACGUGGAGUUUGCUACACUCCAACCGGAAAUAUUAUAGUGUCAGAUUUUGAUAAUCACUGCUUGUAUUUAAUUGAUCCAGAUAUAAAUGAGAUUCUCUCUGCCAAAGGUCAUGAAGGUUCAGGAUUCCAAGAAUUCAAUCGUCCUUCAGGUUUAUGUUGCGAUGACGAUGGGCGUAUUAUUGUUGCUGACUCUAAAAACCAACGUAUUGUUGUUUUUAGCCCAAGUUUGGAUUAUUUGUGGGAUAUUGAAGUACGUCCAUCACAUAAUCCGCUUAUGCCAACUACUCUUGAUGAGAAAGAUCGCACAUGUGAUGUAGCUUUGAUGCCGGACGGUAGAAUUGUGUUCUUAAUUGAGCUAUCACCAGAUUCCAAAGAGGGUUCGAAUCCUUAUAAACGUUUUGUACACGUGUUCUAGGAACAUAACAGAUAAGUAAUAAGCUGCAUAUCUAAGAAAAACACAUAACUAUUAAAGAAAAAACUAAGAAGAUAAGUAAUUAAUUAUAAGUAUCAAAAUAUUCGGUAUAAAUACGAAAACGUUUUAGAUUAUUUAGACAAAAUUAUUGAAUUGAGGACACGACAAGUAACAAAAAACAAAAAACAAAAAAAAAACAUUUACGCAUUUAUUUGAAUAUUCUACAACGAUUACCUCAAUAGAAUUAAGCCAAUAAUAGCGGUACAUAAAUAUUAUUUUAUGCCAGCAGUUUUAUGAAAUUGUACGUAAAACGUUUUAACAUACUAACGGAUAAAAUGAAAAACGUUAAAAUUUUAGAUAUAAUUAGACUGACAAAUAUUUUCCUACAAUAUACGAAUACAUUAAGAAAGGACAUUACUCAACGGAACAAAGUUCAAAUAAUGGACACAUGUAACGUUAGCUCUAUGUUUCAUUUUUAUUUAAUUUGUAUUGAUUUUACUGCAUUAAUUUCUUCGUAUUAUUUUUUUUGCAAAUGAGACUGAUGAACUAAGAAGAAACUUCAAAAAAAUUAAUUAUUAACUGGACCUUUAAAUCCGUUAAAUCCUUACGGAAGAGGAUAUUUAUAUGCGUGCGGAUAUUUUGGUUAAUUUUUAGAAAGACUGAAAACCAAAGCGACUAAUGCACUGAAUACUAGAAGCGCAAUUUGAAUAUCGGGCAUUCAAAAUGGGCUUUUGCAAACAUAUUUCAUUUCAAUUCAUUCAAACAUUUUAACGUAAACGUGAAUGAGGGAAUCAUACAAAUUAUUUAUGAAUUUAUGUACAUCGAUGUGUUCAUUAGCAAUUAAAAACAUUUACUUUAGAAAUAAAUUAAUUAGAAUUUU